AUGAAUCAGUACAACGCCAUCGAAGACCAGCCCGUCCUGGAGACGCGCAACAAGUCGCCCUCGACAUCCAUCUCUAAGAUUGUCGCCGUAAGUGUCGUUCUGUCCUUCGCGCUCGGCGCCUGCGCCGCCACGGCCAUAUCCUACCGCUCGGGCGGCGUGACGAAUCUGGCUGUGACAGAAAAUUGCAAAACUGCUGCCGCUCUUCAUGCUUUUCUCGAUCCGAAUGACCAGCGGGCUGCUACGGCGGAGAGCGCUUGUAGCCCGUUCAUCUUACCGGCACCUGCUAGUACGAUUGGUAAGUGUCCGGCGGCCCCCGACGUUCCGGUGUCGCUGCCCUCGCUGGCGGGAGAUGUACAUCGAGAAUCAUACAACCCCGAGAAGAUCGUCAUCGGAGGCGCGAUGUGUGGCGAUUCCUCCGUAACUUCAAUGUAUGGGGUGUGACGCAGAGCCGAAAUUAAAUUUCUGUGACGUGGGAAUCGCGUCGCGCGAUCGACGCGAUUCGUUCCACGCAGGUCCAGACGAACGUCUGGGUGAAGGGCCCCAUGAUGGACACCGCGAAGAUCGAUAUCCACGGAACCGGUAUAGGGGGCGAUCUCAUGGUCCAGGGUACGAUGACCGACGACGCGAGCAUCUUCAUCGACGCGGGGGGCGGUGUGCGCAACAUCAUCGUGCAGGCCGAAAUGAGUGGAAACGCGAAGAUCACCGUCGUCGGCGAGGUGUCCGGAGGCAUCACGGUAGCGUCCUCCAUGUCGGGUCACGCUAAGAUUGAGGCUGGGAGCUGUGGCAAGCCGACGUCGCCCCCCAUCCUCACGGGGUCGACGUUCAUCACCGGCACCGGCUGCUAAAUCUAGACGCUUCCUCUCCCCUUGUAUAAUAACCCUUUGAUUGA